CCCCCUGCCCACCCGCGCACAUUCAGAAUCCGCGAAUCGCAACUCGUUUUAGUCUACACCGAUUUGGCGUUCGCCGAGGAUGUUCGGAAUUUCGAUUUUCCCAGUCUUCCAAUCACGUAUGUGAAAAAGGAGGACCAAGUAUCGACGGGAGAUGGCAGUUCGGUGANUCAUCCGGCCCGUCUGUGGAACAGCUCCAGGCAAUGGAUCGUUUUGUCGAUGCGAUGAUGCUAGGUUCGCGUCAGCGCGACCAGGACAAGGUCACCGGUCAGGCUGAAACUGAUGCGUCCGAUAAGGACGAUGAUGAUGAAGAUGAAGAGAAUGAGGACGAGGAAUGCGAUAAUGUCAUCGAUUUAAAACCCGAACGUGUUCCCAACCCGUGGAUUCAGCGACUGUUCACCUGUUUUCGACAGCGUGGACUUUAUCCAGCUCAGCCUCUCAUCCCAUCCACUUCACAUCAGUCCUCCUCACAAUCCGGUCGAUGGCUCUCGGCUCAGAGUCUAUCCGGAUUGGAUAGACUAAUUUCACGGUUGAAUCCGGACUCGGAAACCGGGCUGGAAGGAGUGCUUGAAGCACGUCAAAUGUUGUUGGACAGUUUGCCUCCGCUGUCUCCAAAACACAAACCAAACGAAGAGAGUGAACCGGAAGGAGCAGCGGCCAAACGCCGUCGUUUAAUGGCCGAAGAAUUGUUCGGUUUAGACAUGAACUCGGGAACAACGGAGGCGAAUCAGUCCACAACCGGAAUGGAUCAGACAAGCAGUCUACCAUCUGCAGCUGGUGAUGAACCUGACGUGAACGCGCUUGUUUCUGGUGACCUGGUGGGCAAAUUCGAACAUCUAGUUUCACAGGGAAAUGUAGAAAGAGGUUUCGGUUUGAUCACGGACGACGAAGUCCCAGACAUUGGUGUCACUCAGGCACAGGCGAAUGAAGCAAACACUUGCCCGUGGUCUCAGGCGCCGGAAGAACGAGACACCAGCAAAUGUGCUAUCGAGUCGUCCCGAAAUCUCGUGGUCAAAGACCUUUGUUGUUUCCCCGAGAAUGUGCUUCUAACUCGUACCACAAUGCGGGAUCGGUUUCUGGGACCACGCGCAUUCGCGCUAUAUUUCCUUUCUAAUUUGCAUCUGAUGUUUGUGUCGUCAGAUUGGCUUCUAAUUUGA